AUCAGAACCAGUCGUCCGUUAGAACUAUUGUGCAUGGACUUUUUGUCGCUUGAGCCGGACCUAAGUAACACCAAAGACAUUCUGGUCCUAACAGAUCAUUUCACAAAGUAUGCCAUAGCUAUUCCAACUGCUAAUCAAAGAGCAAAGACUGUUGCUAAGUGUCUAUGGGAGAACUUUAUUGUGCACUACGGCGUUCCAGAGCGUCUGCACACUGAUUAAGGUCCAGACUUUGAAUCCCACCUUAUUAAAGAACUCUGCGUCAUUGCUGGCAUAGAGAAAUCACGGACCACGCCAUACCAUCCUCGUGGGAACCCUGUAGAGAGGUUCAAUCGGACAUUGUUGAGCAUGCUUGGUACUCUGGAGCCAGAGCAGAAGAGGAGGUGGAAGGAGUAUGUUAAGCCGCUGGUGCAUGCCUACAACUGCACCAGAAAUGAAGUCACUGGCUACACUCCUUAUGAACUCAUGUUUGGUCGCUCUCCACGGUUGCCCAUUGACUUAGCCUUCGGCCUUCCCGUUCGCGACACGCCAUCAACCUCGCACUCCCAAUAUGUGCAGAAUCUGCGCUCUCGGCUCGAAGAGAGUUACCUGCUGGCCUCCAAAUCAGCAGCAAAAUCAGCUGUUAGGAACAAAGACCGCUUUGAUCGACGGGUCAGACCAUCUCUCCUUGAGGCGGGGGAUCGAGUGCUCGUCCGAAAUGUGCGCUCUCGGGGUAAACACAAGCUAAAGGACGUAUGGGAGGAGUGUGUUUAUGUUGUUGUGGAUCAGGUUGGAGAUCUUCCUGUCUACACUGUGCGACCUGAAACGGAUCCUUCAGGUCGAACCAGGACCCUCCACAGAGAUCUCCUACUUCCGUGUGGGUUUUUACCUGAGGAACCAUGUGUGUCGCCUGUUGCUGUUGUGAGCCGACCCCGAACCCGGAGUCGGGGAAAGUUUGAUGGGGUUAUGGAUGGGUAUCGAAGCGAUGAGGAAGAGGGGAGAGUUCCUUAUGUGUCAUCCCCCCAGCCUGAGACAUUUUAUGUCACUGGCACUCGUCCGAUCACACCAGCAACCGGUAAUGCUGCAAUGCCUGACUCUGCCUUCCUACCUGAGGGGGAUUUGCCAGUUAGAGGGUCACCUGAGGAGGCUGUUGCCUUUGAACCUCCUUCAUUCCAUGGGGGGGAGCAGGAGGAUGUCUCUAAUGCCUCUGGGGAGCUUGAAGAGGAAUCGGGACCCAGUGAAAGCCCCACUGAUUCUGUCCAGGAUGGUCACCUGGCAGGGACAUCACCCUUUUCGGCAGUUGCUGAGCCUGAUUUAGCUAUAGCUCCCGCCUCUGUUCCAGACAGUACAAGUGAGGAUGCCAGGCUGGCAUCCAGUGGGCCCGUUCAGCGACCCACAAGGAUCAGACACCAGCCUGCCCGUUUGCAGUAUUCCGCUUUGGGUCAGCCGCUUGUUUCUGUGGUGCAGACGCUUUUGCAUAGUCUGGCUGAUGCUUUCCAUACACCUGCGCCCAGCCCCUAUGGCCACGUCGACGUCAUCUAGCAUGCACCGGAGCGGCAUGGACUUUAAGGGGGGUGGGUGUAGCCCAGGUGGUUUUACCUACUUUGUUUUGCCUUAACCGUCUGUUAGUUUCCUUUCUGCGCAUUUCUCGUCACCUUCUGUUUCCCCUUCGACGUCACUCCCUCACGUGGGCUAGUUGGCCAAUCACGGCCAAGCUUCUCGUGUCAUCAGGACAUCACGUGAUACGGCGCGACCAGUCGCGUACGCUUAUUAGGGUGCAGGGAAUCAAUGGUUUAAGACGCGGCGGGGAAGCUACAUGAGCGGAGCCCUCUAUCCGGUCCACAGUUCCACCAUACAUAAAAGCGUUGGUAAUAUGUGGUUGGCGGAAUCUGGUGAGUUGUCUAUUUGUUUGCUAACGUAGCUUUAGCUGCUACUGUGUAUCAGAUGUGGUUAACGUUAAAUGUUACCUAUCAUAUCCAAGCAUAAUGACUCAUAGUAUGACCCGAAUAUUGUACAUUCAGUAUGGGUAUAUGUUAUGUUAAUAUGUUUAAUGUUUUGUCUUUGUCUUUACAUGAAUGUAGCACAGCUAGUGCUGUGUUUAUGAUUUUUGUGUGCACACUAUAUGUUAUGAUGUUUUAUAUUGUUUUUGACGUGUUAACACGCGAUUUCCUGUGGCUUUGGUCCUGUUAUCCAGGCCGGGUCCAGGUGGCGAGCUAGACCUUGGAAUCUGAACACUAAGAAGAGCCGCGUCCUCCCUCCGGGCCGGUAGAGGGUUUUUGUUUCUUCUUGUCUUUCCCUCAUAAGUCAAAGCACAGUUUUCUGCUGUUUCCCUGAACGGUUCGACAGACCUUCAUUUGACUCUCCCCACCGCAACGGCUUCCUUGAGCCGCUAUGGAUAUCCUCUGAACGGUGGGCGAGUCUUCUUUGAACAUUUUCUCCCUGUGUGGUGCAGUUAAAGAGAAACUGGACUCUUCCCCUCUGACAAAGGCUAUCUUAACAAGAGUAUAGUAAUGCUGAUGUGUUUACUUCUUGAAGUGCUUUUGUAUAUAUAUGUUUGAAUGGCCAUUCUAUGUUUCACUAUUUAUCACUGUAAAUCAUCUGUACAAGUCAUUAAAGGUGCUACUAAUCCAUGAACAA